AUGAUCCUGCUAAGGCUACUAUUAUUAGCAUGCUUUUUAAAAAUAUCUAAAUCAGCAAACUCUACUGUUCCUGGGUCCAGUUCUGCGACUUCGAGCGACACCUCUAUUGAAGUCAGUAGCAGUUCAUUGGCACCAUCAAACGUUGAAUCAACUGUUGGAUCUUCAUCGUCGUCAUCAUCGGUUUUUGCAUCUUCAUCAUUGGCUUCCGCCUCGAGCUCUACAGAUGGUACCUCUGUUAGCUCAGAGAGUUCAUCGGGUCUGAUAGAAACGACUGAUCCUGCUGUUUCCCCAACCCAAGCCAGCGACAGGGACAGGGACAGCGAUAAUGAUAACGUUAGCGAUAGCAGCAGCAGCAGCAGCAUAAGCAGCAGCAGCAGCAGCAUAAGCAGCAGCAGCAGCAGCAGCAUCAGUGACAACGACAACAUUGUAAUAACUUCCGCUGAAAAUCCAAGGUCAACAAAUAGCGAUGAAACGUCACCCAGCUCGACCGAUCCAUCUAGUUCAUCGUUGAUACCGGAAUCGACGAGCCCUCCUGGAGACUCGUCGUCAACGGACGACUUCCAACCAUCAUCGGCUAUAUCAACUGAUGUAGUGCAAACCACCGUUGCUGCUACCCCAACCACACUGACAUCAACAGGCUCGGUCUCCUCACAGCAGCAUAUGACCGCAGUUCUGAGCACCAUUAUAAGCGUUGUAGACGGUAAUACCGUUUUCUCCACUACCUACAUAACCUCGCCGGUGAGUGCUACCAGCGAAACCGAUGGUGGCUCAAGCCACACCACUGGGUUGUCCACCAAGAACAAAAAUAUUGUCAUUGGCUGCAUUGUGGGAAUCGGCCUGCCUAUCAUUCUGGUCGUCUCACUUAUAUUUUUACGUACAUGCGUCAAAUCCGAAAGAACGGAUUUCAUCAAUUCCGAAGGUAAAGUCAUCACCGCUUACAGUACUAGCAGGCUGUCGACGUUGUGGAAUUCCUUGCUUGGUAAAAAGGUGAAUAAAUAUGAAAGCGAUUCCCCUCUGGGUGGCUCCCCAGUCCAUGACGUCGACGUGCUCGAAAAAUCACACAUCAAAAGAGUCUCGAACAGAAACACUUCACUCUCAUUCGGCGCUCUGAGCCUUCAGAACAACCGCAGAUCCCAAGAUCCGGUGAUCAGCGAAGAGCGGUAUUACGAUGAUGACGGUAACGAACUGACAGCCAAAAACUACUGA